AUAAGUAAUCAUUAGUUCGAUCAUUUUAAUAUUUGUUAUUUAAUGACAUAUUUUCGGAAUAUAAAAUACAUUUACUAUGGAGCCUUUAUCAAAAAUUGCUCUCAAUAAUCAGAUUGUUGCCAUGCGUCAUAUUGUGCGUAAAUCAAAAGUGCAUACAAUACACAAAUUAACACGGGAAGCAAAAAAAAUAAAAGAAAAAAAAGGAAAUGAAGAACAACUUGUUAAAAAUAAAAAAAAAGCUGAACGUUUUAUUAGUGAAUUGUUAGUGAUAAAGAAAUUAAAUGAUGAUGAUGUUACAAAAUAUGCCUUGCAAAAUGAAGUACCUUCAGCYAAAAUAUUAAAUAGUAUAGACAUCAUGUUGGAGACUAGGGCAUUAGCAAGGUUAGCUGGACAUAAGUUUAUAAUAGAUGAAGUUCAAMAUUUUAGAAGAAAAUAUCCUGAUUGGAAACUAUGCAUAACGGAUUUGUUGAAUGAUUUAGGUGCUAAAUAUAGAGCAAAAAAGAAACCCAAUAAAAACAAAUCAGUUACGACAGAGGUUAAAACAAAAAUCCUCUAUAAAAAUAAAAAAAUUAGUAACAUGGACAAUUUUGAAUAUACUCAGUCAGGGUCUGGCAGUGCUCAGAUGCAGUCUGAAAAUCAGUCAGUGUCUGAUUGUGCUCAGUCUGAACCUGAAUAUCAGUCAGAAUCUGAUUGCACUCUGUCUGAACCUGAAGAUCAGUCAYUGUCUGAUUCUAAAGAUCAGCCAGAGUCUGAAAAUUAUUUGAAAAGCAACAGUUUAUUAGUACAAAAARUUUUGCCUCAUGAAAACAAUACCUGUAGUAAUAAAUAUCAAAACAAUGAGUCAAAAGGCUCAAAACUUUUAAUCUCUAACAAUAAAGAAAUGUCUGUUAAAAACAAAGAGGAAUGUUCAAGUACAGUUGACAAUGUACAAAAUUCACAAAUAAAAACAAAAGUUUUAAACACACAACUACCGGAGAAAAACUCGCAUUUGUCCACUAAUGAAAUCCUUGACAACAUUGAUGUAAACCUUAAUAAAAAUAUAUCAAAAAGAAAAUUCAAACAWAAMAUUACAAGUAAAAUUGACAUUAAAAAAAAAAAGAUUACAGUUGAUGAAAUCAAGCCUGUUUGUGAAACAGUUGAUUCAUUUUUCAUGACUGUUGACAAUAAGGAUUACAUGUCUGUAUACAAACCACCACCAGCAAUUGAACGAAGCAUUGAAGAACAUACAAAAUUAGAAUAUCAAAAACCAACUAAAGAAUUUUUCAGUAAAGGUAAAAAAGUGAUUGUUGGUAGACAAAAUAAUAUAGGAAACCGAAGAGAAAGAAGGCAGCAACAAGUAGAGGAAUCUGUUGAUACAGCAUUACAUCCGUCAUGGGAAGCAAAACGUAAACAGAAAUCAUUGGCUAAAUUUGAAGGAAAGAAAAUAACAUUUGAAGAUGAUGAUUAAUGACUAGAAAGUGUGACUAAUUGCACUCUUUUCUUUGUGGGAGGAGCUUCAGUACAAUCAACAAUUUGUUUUUCUUCAUGUUUUUGUUCUCUU